GGCUUGCCAUAGAGACUGUUUCUGUUCCUUCUUUCUACCAUUCGUUCUGCGUACAUUUCUGCUUGGUUUCAUCUUUCGCGUGGGAUCGAGAUCGUGUUUAUUUUUGUUUUGGUUUCUUCCUCCCAUCUUCGCCUUCUCGCUCGAAUCAAUGAGCGCGAUCGUCACCGCAAAACCAGCGUGUGGCGUGAAGACGCUGAUAGUACGUGUAUGGUAUAUUCCGCUGUAGUGAUUCAUUCGAUCCGGUCGGAGGUCAUCGAAGGCGCCCGGGUUAAUCCAGUUUAGGUGCAAUCGUGUCGGACAGUGAUUUAGUGUGGCUUUGGAUGCUAUCAAAAUGUUUGAUUUGCGAGAGCGGCGGUGCUGAAUGGGAUUAUCGCCACUGUACUUCCUGCCACCUCCGCCAGUGAACGUGACAAAUGAUCGGCUUGGAUACUUUCCAAUAACUCCACCGUACCAUCAGCCGUACGAUUACGUACUUCCCGCAAUGCAAUCGCCCCAGCAUCAGCAUCCGACUGCAGCUUCAUCCUCGUCAUCGUCUGGAAUCCCGUCUGGUCCGGCCGGGAUGAACAACGGGCAGUCGAUAUAUUUUUACAUGAAUGCAGCUGGAAAGGAGGAAAUUACAUCGGUGCCAUUAUCGCCACCGCACACACCGCCACUUUUGUACGCAACCAAUAGUCUCAACAGUAACGGCAACAACAGCAGCAACUGCAUCCGGUCCGGAAAUGGCACUAGUGACAACGGCAGCAACAGCAACAGCAGCACUGUGCUGGCCAUCGAUGUGACCGCCAAUCAAUACGGAUUAUCCGAUCGGCAAACAGUACUCGGUGGCGAUGCUAAUAGCGACGACCAUUCCGGCGGCACUAAUGGCCACAAUGAUAAUAACAGUAGCUAUUCCGGCGACGAUGGCACUUUCCGGGCUCGAAAUUCCGUCAUCAUGAAGGUGGAGAAUCAGCAGGUGAUUCCGCUGCUCGGCCAGGAUGGCGGGCCACGGCCGCGGGAGCAGUUUGUCUGCCGAUGGGAGAAUUGCUACUGCGUGUUCUUCCAGCUGGAGGACUUGGCAACGCACGUUACGCAAAAGCACGCGGUUGUUGGCCUUGGGGGUUUAUACUACUGCCGAUGGGAGGACUGUCUGCGACAGGAGCGCGGCUUUAACGCACGAUACAAGAUGCUGGUACAUGUUCGGACUCACACCAAGGAGAAGCCACACCGUUGCGGCAAGUGUGGAAAGUGUUUUUCGCGGGCCGAAAACCUGAAAAUCCACCUGCGCUCACACUCGGGGGAAAAACCGUACGUUUGUCCUGUGGAGGGCUGCAACAAGGCGUAUUCGAAUUCGUCAGAUCGCUUCAAGCACACCCGCACGCACUCGACCGAUAAGCCGUACGUGUGCAAAGUUCCCGGCUGUCUGAAGCGCUAUACCGAUCCGUCAUCGUUGCGCAAGCACGUGAAAACCUUCAAGCACCAGAAUCUGCAGGUACCAUCGAUGAUAGUGGAGUCCGAUUAUCAUCAUGACCUCCACCUGGCCACGACAUCCUAUCGCUCCCGCUAUGGCAACGGUACCGGCAGCGGCAGCGGUUUGGGUAGUCCCGGCAAGAUGGCAAGUGAUAAUUCAUACACCGACGAUAGCCGAGCCUCGAGCAGUAGUCAUGCCACAACCACGGCCAGCAGUCCCGAGCUUGGCGGCGAAGAUAAUAAUGUGCUAAUUGAUGUCGUCAGCGUCGACAAGUGUGAUGAAAAAUUAAUCUUCUCAGACUAUCACUUCUAUCGGGAUCGGAGGCCCGUGUCUGGCUGGCCAACGGUACGUCAUCGAAGUUUGACGACGCCUUCGCCCCGGCCGGAUACGCACCGGUCGCUGCAAUCGGACGAGGGUAGUGGCGACGAGUGUGAGCUCGGUUUUCUUAUUGAACCAGAACGAGAUUAUUGCCGGUCGUAUGGCAACUUUCACCAGCAUUUCGAUCAAACGGCCAUUCCCGCCAGCCUAGAUGAGUUGGCGCGGUACGGCAAGGAUGACACCAGCUUCCUCCCGACGGUGAUAGAGGAUGAUGAUCUGUGCAGUGCCAUUCGGCAGCUGAACGGUGCCCGGCCGGGGAAACCGGUUGUCAUGGAAGUGGACGGCCCACUGGAUCUCAGCGUUCAUCAUCGGUAGAGUUCGGUUCAGUUCGGUGCAGCUAUGUUGUGUUCUGUAAACAUUUAUUUUAGAUGUUCAACAAAUCCGUAGUUUGUAGUUUUAAUGUUUGUGGUCUUUUUUUUACAUUUUAACGACGUGAUUUUACUGUGAACUUAAAAUAUUUUCUUGAUUUUCAAGAUCUUCUGCGUACUAAAAGAAUGUAAUUCAG